UCUUCUUUUUUUUUUUUUUUUUUUUUCUUUCUUUCUCUUUUCACCUGUUUAAAAGUAGUUACAUUACAUUCUUUGAGGGUAAUUAUGAGACUAAUCCACAUGAGGGUGUUUAAUCUUAAAUUGGGUUAGCUAGGUUAAAGCCAAGGGCCCAUGGGCUCAUGCUAAUGAUUUGCAAGUGUUGCUUUCAAGGGAAAAACAGAGCUUUUUGGUUGGUUGGCCCUUUUAGCAGAUUGGUGUUUUGAGAGGCUUUGCAAUUUGCAACAAAGGUUUGUCAUUAUGUCAUGCUUUAUUGGUGGGGAGGGGAUGUAGUCAUGUAUGUAGUUACAAUAUUACAUUCGUACAUUGAAUUUUAGUCAAAAAAGAUUAUCCACAUUUUCAGUGCUUGAAUUCAGAAUCAGAGGUCCACUGGUCUGUUUGAUGUGAUUUUCUGGAUUCUAGAGAUUAAAUUAGUUUGGACAUUGAGUAUUUUGGGAGGUUGAACAAGUUCAAGUGUUUUCAAUGUGAUUUGAGGACAAAGAUGAAAUCCUUGAGUAGUGUAGGUCUUGGUCUCAGUAUUAUUUUUGGUUGCCUCUUGUUGGCUCUGGUAGCUGAGGUAUACUAUUUGCUAUGGUGGAAGAAGAGGAUAACCAACAGAGAGAUUGAGAAUAAUUAUGGCAACCCGGUGAAGGAGUUAUUCUACAUGUUUUGUUGGAAAAGGCCAUCAUCAUCUUCUUUGAGGCAAACAAGUUUCACUCCUCCUGAGCUUUGCUCUUCCAUGAGAAUUGGUGACACCCUUGUUCAUAACCCAGAACAAGUUCAGUCUCAAAGUGGCAAGGACUUUGUUUUCAAACCCUUUGGGGAAGAUGGCAUGGAUGCAGAAUACAUGAGCCAGCAGGACCUCUUAGGUCCUCCAAGAUUCUUGUUCACCAUAGUAGAAGAAUCAAAGGAAGAUUUAGAAUCUGAUGAUGGCAAAUUCAAAUGUGACAAGAGUGGAAAAGGUUCAAGGGGUAGAAGCUUGGGUGAUUUGCUAGUUGUGGAGACACCAUAUAUGACACCUACUACUUCUCCACCUUUCUUUACUCCUCCUUUCACUACUCCUAUCAGUCCCUAUAACCAGCGUGGAUUCAAUCCUCUAUUUGAAACAGCAACUGAUGCUGAGUUCAACAGAUUAAAGUCCUCACCUCCUCCAAAAUUCAAGUUCUUACAGGAAGCAGAAGAGAAGCUUAGAAGAAAACUACAACAGGAUGAAAAUAAGGGAAAUGGAGAUGAGGUUGAUGGUUCUUUCAUCACAAUAGUUGUUGACAAGAAAACAGAAAGAGAGGUUAAUCACCAGCCUCGUCCACCACAGUACCAUUCAGGCACUUCACAGGUACUUCCCUUAGCAUCUUGACACAAUUCACCAAAAUCAGAAGAAAGAAACCAGCUAACACCAAAGUUCUGUCAAGUCAAUUAAGAGUUUAUUUCUUAAUUAAUCUUUCUAAUUACAUGUUGAAGAAUUCCACUUUUUUUUUGUAAUGAUGGGAAUUUGUUCCCCCAGACCCCCCCCCCCCCCCCCCCCCCCGAGUUGUUGUUUAGGGGAUGCAGCACUAUGGUUUAAUCUGCCAAGCCAGUUGUGAAAUGUACUACCACUCUCAAUGUAUCAAAGCACAUGGGGGACAAUAUUUUCUGCUCAUAAAUGCUUAAAGGUGGGUCUGAUGCAAUUGGAAA